AUGAAUAACGAGGGUCAGGUGGUCAUCGGCAGGCGAAAGAACAGCCAUGGUGCCGGUACCUGGGCUUUCCCUGGAGGUCAUCUUGAAUUUGGGGAAUCGUUUGAAGACUGUGCGGCACGAGAAGUCCUUGAAGAGACUGGCCUGAAGGUCUCGGACAUUCAUUUCCUUACGACAACGAAUGACGUGAUGGUCGAUGAUGGAAAACACUAUGUCACUAUUUUCAUGGGAUGUACCGUUUCUGGGGACAAUCUCGAGCCUCAGUUGCUGGAACCCGAGAAGUGCGAUCGGUGGGAAUGGGUGACUUGGGAAGAGAUCCACUCGUAUCUGAGUCCGAUACAUAGUGAUGGACCGAAUGCAUAUCGCAAGUUGUUUCUGCCACUUGUGAAUAUCGUCAAGCAGCGACCGGGGUUCCACCCGACCGGUGCCAGUCGUGGAUAG